GAGAGAGAGAGAGAGAGAGAGAGAGAGAGAGAGAGAGAGAGAGAGAGAGAGAGAAAAGCCCUUUUAUUAUACAUUAAGGCUAAAAAAUAAGAAUUUUGCGAACAGGAACAUUUCACUUUUGCCUUUAAUGUGUAAAAGUUAAUCUUUGUAAUACUAUGUUUAGUAUAAGGAGAGAGUUUAGUUAUUUGUUCAUGUUUGGUUGAUGUGUAAGUGAAUGCAAGCCCUUAAUUUAAAAAAAAGUUAUCACUGAGUUAUUUCACAAUGAUAUGAGAACACAUGCUACUAGGAGGAAGUUGAAUGUUAAGCAUUUGUACAGGAAGCAAAGCAAAACGCUGUUGUAGGAUGAUGGCUGACAAGACAUCUGCUGUCGCCUUGGAGGUUGACUUGACCUUCCUGAAAUCCAAAAGAGGACUUCUGAAAAUCGCAGAAAUGGUGAGCCUCUUUGUGGCGUUUGUGUGUUUUGCGGUGGCGUCUAGUUCACCGUACCUUGUAGCCACGUCUAUGGAGCUCAGCAUUACCCUGGCUCUGCUCCUCCUCUACCUUCUCAAGCUCAACAAGAAGCUGACUGCCUUCUUCUGGCCUCUGAUUGAUGUGUUCAAUUCGUUCUUUGCCGCAGCCUUUAUGAGCACGGUCAGCCUUGUGGCUGUGUCUAUGUAUACACAGAAGGGCACUUUGGCUGGGGGUAUAGUGGGGCUUGUAACCUCAGCCCUGUGCUGCCUGGAUGGGUUUUACCUCUUCAAGAAAAUCACCUUCAACCUGCCCACAGCUGCGUGCAGAGUGGAAACGUGUGAUACCUGAUUACAUCUUUAUCCUGAUCAUCACACACCGCACCUGAAUUCAUAUGAAAAAUGAUACAGACGUGCUCUGCAACAGUUAUUUGUUAUUGUAUAUUUAGACAAUAACAAAUAACUGUUGCAGAGCACGUCUGUAUCAUUUUUCAUAUGAAUUCAGGUGUGUGAUUGUGUCUGGAUUAUUCAUUGCAGAUGUUUUUUGUGUGUGAGGAUUACUGAUUGCAAACUGAUUGCAUCUAAUCAGUAGUGAUCAUAAUGUGUGUGUAUUUUGUGUUUGCUUCUUUGUUCAUUCAAGAUAAAUAUACACCUGCAGCUUUUGUAUGAGUAUUUGACAUUUUCUAACUUAGACAUUUUCUAUCUUUGAUAGCAUUACCAGCAAGUUAUGUUUCACAUAUGUAUUAUUAAAAUAGCGUUUGAUUUUAA